GAGCACGCAAUGGAGGAGAAGCUCUCCCAGGUUGGUCGGAAGCUCAAGCCAUCGCCAAUCCAAGAACUCUCCCACUUAGCGCAGCGUUGUGGAGCCAUUAACCUCGCCGAGGGAUUUCCCGACUUCCCUGCCCCUUUUCCGGUCAAGAACGCUGCCAUCUCCGCCAUUGAUGCGAACCUCAAUCAAUCCAGUCAUGUGCAAGGAGUUUGUGAUUUGUUGGCAAGGAAGAUGAAAGAGAGUUAUGGUCUUGAUACUGAUCCUCUUACUGACUAUGUGAUUUCUUGUGGCCAGACUGAAGCAUUUGCGGCAACAGUGUUUGCAAUAAUAGAUCGAGGUGAUGAAGUAUUGUUGUUUGAUCCUGCUUAUGAAGCUUAUGAAACAAGCAUCAAUCUGGCUGGAGGAGUGCCUGUCUACGUGCCACUGGAUCCACCUAACUGGAGUUUAAAUAUGGAUAAAUUCAUGAGAUCCUUUACUACACGAACAAAAGCUGUGGUUUUGAACAGUCCCCAUAAUCCAACUGGGAAAGUUUUCACCGAGGAAGAGUUUGAAGUCAUUGCUGGAGCUUGCUGCAAAAUGAAUUGUUUUGCCAUUACCGAUGAAGUUUAUGAAUAUAUAACAUAUGAUGAUCAAAAACACAUAUGCCUUGCUUCUCUUCCUGGAAUGCAAGAAAGAACCAUUGUGACGCCCUCACUGUCCAAAAACUUUCAGUGUCACAGGUAA